GAGGACCAGCGGCGUUUGUUCGGUUUACUCUUGCCUCCUGAAGUUGAUUCCUUGGCGCGGGGCAACCGUCAGUCUCCUGCGUCGCUCCAGAAGUUUCUGUGGUGGAAAAAAAAGCGGAGAGGAUGGCGUCCGGCGGCGAGAGACUCUUCACCAUGGAUGAUGCUGUUGUGGAGGAUCCGGAGCACGCAGUAGAGGAGCUGACUGCAGCACUAGAACAGAAUUUGGACAAAGCAGAGCUUUACUGCCAAAGGGCUUGUGCGCAUACACUGCUUCAGAAUUUCAAGGAUGCUCUUGAAGAUGCCAACAAAGCCCUUGAACUGAAACCAAACUGUGCUGAAGCAUAUCUUAGAAAAGGAGUUGUGGAGUAUCACUUGGAAAUGUAUCGGUCAGCGAUGGAAUCAUUUAAAAGAGGACAAGAGUUAGAUGAUGAUAACGAUGCCUUUGAAACUUGGAUCACAAAAUGCAAUGGAAACCUCAGUCCAACGGGACAGGAAUGUGUAACAGCUGAAGAGAUAUGUGCACACAACGUGGAAGUACCAAAAUUAAAAUAUGAUUGGUAUCAGACAGAGUCUCAUAUUAUCAUCACAAUAAUGAUCAAGAAUGCAAAGAAGGAUGAUGUGAACGUGGAGUUUACUGAAGGAAAUAUGAAUGCAACAGUGAAGCUUUCGUCGGAGGAAAAUUACAAUUUGAACCUGAAGCUGCUGCAUCCCAUAGCAUUCCAGCAUUGUAUCACCAGAGUGCUGGGAACAAAGAUUGAGAUAAAAAUGAAAAAGACUGAAGCCAUCCGGUGGGAAAGCUUGGAAGGGGAAGGAAUCGUAAUGAGUGUAAAACACUUCACCCCAGAUCAGAUGCAUCAGUAUCCAUCAUCAUCUCACCACACAAAAAAUUGGGAUCAGCUGGUAAUGGAAAUUAAGGAGGAGGAGAAGAAUGAAAAACUUGAGGGAGAUGCUGCUCUAAACCAGCUCUUUCAGAAGAUUUACGCAGAUGGUUCUGAUGAAGUGAAACGUGCCAUGAACAAGUCAUUUACUGAAUCCGGAGGCACUGUUCUGAGCACAAAUUGGUCUGAAGUGGGGAACAAACAAAUCGCUGUGAGUCCCCCAGAUGACAUGGAGUGGAAGAAACUUUGAUAUUCUAAGCACCAUGAAUUCAUCUUUAACAGCAGCUUAUGGACAUUCUUCUGUUCCAGCACUGAUUAAGUACUAGAGUGUAUGCACUAGCCUUGGAUGAUCUCUGCAUGAACUUUAGACAUUAUUUUGCCUAAUGUUAGUCUUAGAGAAAGUUGUGUUAAAUUUUUACUUUUUUACAAUUAAAAUUGUCAGCAUUUUCCCUACACAUGAAAUAAGUUUGGUUUCUGUUAUAGGUAGAACGAUUUUCACACAUAUGAGAAUGUUUUAUAUCUACCCAAGGUUGCACUGUAAUUGGUAGUCAUCAACCAAUCGUUUUCUCAUGGCAUUGGUAUAAUUGUACCACAAUUCAUUAGGUAGACAAUAGCAACAAAUAUAAUUAGACCAACAUAAUUAUGAAAUUGGAUUUGCAUUAAAAAUUAUACCAAAUUCUUUGUUUCAACAUUAAAUGUUUUCUUAUGUAAGAAGGGACAGGUUUAGGUGAACAAUGUGAAAAUGUACAAGUUGUGUUAAAAUAUCACUUAUAAAAUUGAAAGUUUUACUUUCUCCUAUUGUUAAAUCAAUUGACUUUGUUAAAUCAAGUACUUUUUUUUGCUUUGGAUUCUCAAUAUGCUUUAGUGGAUCUUACUUGUGUCUUGUUUUUUGAGCAAAAAAUGUAAAUACAUUGUUUAAAUACUGCA